AUGAGUCAGAGUAAGAUUACAUACACAAAGGAUGGUCCCUUCUUUAUCAUCAAGUUUAACUCUCCCGAGAGCUUGAAUGCGAUGACCAGUCAAGAUUAUAUUCAUCUUGCCACACUGUUGAAAUUGGCAGAAAAAGAUCCAGAGGUGUAUUUCACCGUAUUGCAAAGUUCAGGGAGGUUUUUCUCCAGUGGAGCAGAUUUUAAAUUCAUUUCCGAAUAUAAAGACGUCCUAACAGGAAUAGAGAAGGAUAAUACGGGUGGAGAUCACGCGGCUAGGGAGACUCAAUUAACUAAAGUAUGGUUGGAUGGGUUUCUUUCCACAAAUGUUCAUGUUACAGAUAUUUUUAUUAAUCAUUCUAAGGUUUUGAUUGCCUGCUUAAAUGGUCCUGUUGUUGGAUUAAGUGCGGCUAUUGUAGCACUCUGUGAUAUUGUUUAUGCGAUGAAUGAUGAUGUGUACAUGUUAUGUCCCUUUAGUAGAUUGGGUUUGACCUGUGAAGGUGGUACUUCGAUCACUUUGCCUAUGAAAUUGGGAAUGAAUUCCACUUUUGAAAGUUUGAUGUUUGCCCAGAAGAUUAAAAUGGAUAAGUUGAUGGGGAAUAUCGUAGUGAAAAACUAUAAACUAAAUGAUACUGAUGAGUUUAAUAAGGUUAUCAUGGAAGAAUUAAAGACUAAAAUCAAGACGUUAUAUUUACCCAGUUGCCUUGCCAUGAAGAAGUUAUUACGAAGUUCACUUAAUGAUGAAUUGGAUAAGAUGAACAGUAAAGAAGUCAAUCAAGCUUUACCAUUUUGGGUGGAUGGAGUUCCCUUGAACCGAUUCAGGCAAAUGUUCCACAAUAAACAAAGGGUACGUGGCCAGAGGGCAGAUUCUAAAUUAUGA